AUGUCUGCCGGCGAUAUAGAUGUCGUAAAGCAGAAGGGAAUCAAAAAAUCUAGAAGAAGAAAGAAGAGAAGAACAGCAGAUAGCUCAGAUUCAGAAUCAUCGUCAUCAUCGGAUAAUGAAUCUAUUACUAUGGAAGUAAGUAAUACUCCCAUCAAUGCCGAAGUUUCUGAUGUGGAACUAUCAGAUAAUGAAUCUGCAGGAAAGGAAGCUGAUGAAGAAGUAUUAGAUACCGCUACUAAAGAUAAACUUUCCGCUAUAGCGUUUACCACAACCCAGCUAACGCAGAGAGGUGGUUCUAGCAGUGAUAAAAAAGAUGCAAUGGAUUUGAAGAAAGUAGGUGAAACUGUCGAAACAGCUAAAACCAAUCUGGUAAAUAGUGAUCUUGUACAGAACGCCAUCAAGUCUGGAGAAAAUUCAAAAGAUUUAAAGAAAGAAUAUCUUGGAUUAAUGUUUGAGAAUUAUGGAGAGGAUAUUAACGCUCUAAGAAAUGCUCCUGACUUUACAAAUAAGUCACUGGUUUUACUAGCGAAUGUUUUGAAAGAAGGUUCAAAUAUGUUUGAAACAGACAGCUUAAAAACGAUUCUCGAUUCAAAAUAA